UGGAUAAGGCAGGCAGACCGGAUCCUGGACACCGCUCCUGGGCUCAGCUGUGCUCGUGGGCCCCCCUUUGGCUCCCAUUCUGCUUUCAACACAGCAGCAAAAGCUGAGCAAGGUUUUCUUCAUCACCUAUGGGCCCAUCGUGGUUUAGAGAGGAUUGCCAAAAUAACAGAGCAUAUGAAAGGUGCCAACACUCUCUUCUCAGAUGACCUCUGCAGUCCUUUGACACUUAAGAAGGCAGCAUGAUCUGAUCUCAGGCAAUCUCUACUACAACAGAUCCCCGGCAAUGUCUGUGCUACUGCCUCUAGGCUGGCUCAGCGUCUCCAGCGGGGAAUUUGUAGCACCCAGCCGCAGGCGUCUUCUCCUGGCGGAAGCUCAACCAUUUGAAGAGAAGGGGAGGGAAAAAAAUCCCAAUCAGGACGCUUGCACAUGCUGUUCUCUGCUUGCUCGCCUGGGUGUUGUGCUGAAGGACUGGGACAUCUGCAGAGGAGGGGGAGCGGCGGCGGCUGGAGCGUGCCCUGGUCAGGGCUGGGGCUCCUCCAGGCCGGGGGCUGUGAGUGCGCUCAGCCCCGGGCGGGGGGAACAGCGGGGCCGGGAUCGCGCUACCCGGAGCGUACGCAGACAGACGUGAUUAAAAUUCAAGCCUAAUGGCCUCUGGCAUAAACAACAUUCAUCAGCCCGGGACUUGCAAUGGAUCUAAAGCCGCUCGCAGCAGCUCGGCAGAGGAAUGCAAUCGGGAAAUGCACGUGAAAAUGUGCAAGAAGAUUGCCCAGCUCACUAAGGUGAUAUAUGCCCUGAACACUAAGAAUGAUGAACAUGAGGACAGUAUACAGGCUUUGAGAGAGGCUCAUGAAGAAGAAAUUCAAAAUAUUCUUGCUGAGACAAGAGAAACGAUUCUCCAGUGUAAAAGCAAAGCUGAAGAAGAACAGUUACUGAGAAAGCAUAUUCAGGCCCUUGAAAUUGCAGUAGCACAACACAAGAGAUUGAAGGAAGAAGCCUUAGCAGAGUUAAUAUUGUGUAAAAAGCAAGCAGAAGAGAAGGAGUCAAGAACAGAAGAGAAACGAGCACAGACGGGCCUUUCUACAGACACAGCAGACACCACUUCAGGCUUUGAAAACAAACCUCUACAUUUAAAUCAGGAGUUUGAUGGACUGCUAAAUGAAUGCAAAGCAUUUAGAGGAGAAAAUCUAGAUAAAAAAGUAAAUUUAGAUGAAAAAUGUAGUGUGGAAAGGCACACUGUAAUGAAUGAGAUAGAAAACCUGAAGAGCGAGAACCAGAAAACAUCUGAAGAAUAUACUCAGAAAACAAGAAAACUGCAAGCCCCAUGUGAGACAGACAAAGAGACCUUGAAAAUAGCUAUGCAGCAAUCUGUGAGAGAAGAAAACUGUGAACAAGGAGAAACAGAGCAAAAGAAGAGCUCAGAGACUGAGGAAGGUUUUUUGCUGCAGCAGGUAAAGAAGCUGGAGGCAGACCUAGAGGAGAAAAGCCAGAAGAUAAAUGAGAGGAAGAAGCAUUCCCAGAAGCUGAAGGAGCGGAUACAGGAGCUCCAGACACAGCUAGAUGAAUUUAAAAGAAAAUCCGAGUGUGAACUAAAGCAACUAGAGAAAGAGAAAGAAGUUCUAACUGGGAAACUUCAAAACUCGUCACUUGAGGUGGCUCAGCUGAAGCAAAUAUUAGAACAGCAAGCAAAUAAUUUCAAGGAGUCACUGAAGAAACAUAAUCUACAGUCCAACAAAGAAAAAGAGAAGCUUUUGCAGGAUCUUCAAAACACCAUUAAAGAAAACCAAAAUGUUAAACUGCAGUUGGAGGCAUCACAUCAAAAAGUCUUAAAAAUGUUGGAGAAAAGCAAGAAUCAGGAACUCAAGGAGGCAGAAGAGCGUUUGAAAAAGGAAUUUAAUGAGACUUUGAAGAUCCAGCAUCAGUCUCAUAGGCUGGAAAUACAAACCUUGGAAGAGAAAGCAAAGAAAGAAUUACAUGAUGAACUUGAGCAGAUACAAAAGCAGCAAACCCUGUUGCUAGGAUCUCUAAGGAUGGAACUGUCCGAGCAACAGGCAUCAUGCACAAACCUAAAGAAGCAAAUAGAAGAACUACAAAUGGAGCUGAGGAGUGUGAGAACACUGAAGAAGCAACAGGAAGGAAGUAGCCAAAGCCAGAUCAGAUCUCUUCACGAUGAACUGGAAAAAUGUCAGAGUGAAAUUUCUGAACUCAAGAGAGAGAAUUUACUUUUGAAGGACACAAUGGAGCUGCUCAGUGCUGAGUUGGAGUCACAGAAGCAAGAAGCUGCACAGCUUCAGGAUAGAGAUAAACAACAUAGAAGGCUACUGGUAGAAGACCUCAAUAUCAAGCAUAAAAAAGAACUGGACAUACUGAAACAAGAUCACCGGAAGGAAAUUGAAAACAUAGUAUCUGCUUUCAGCAGCACUCAGGCACAUCUCCAAGCAAAGAUUUUCUCCUUAGAAACUGCACUUAAAGAAUUAGAAGAAAAGUCAAGAAAGUGGGAGUCCAGGCCUGAAGACACACACCUUAUAAACUGCCUGCAAGACAAAUUAAGUGAGAGAGAAGAGAUUAUCAAGCAGCUGGUGGAAGGAAGAAAAUGUCAGCAUUCAUUUUCAGCCAACACUGAAUCCUACAGGAAUCGGUCAUUUUCUUUCAACCCUAAUACAGCAUGCCUGACUCCCUCCAUGAAGCAGAAGAAAAAGGUUGAGGUGCCCAGUCGUGUUGUCAGUGUUCCGAAUUUAGCUUCCUACGCAAAGAGCUUUUUGAGUUGUGACUUGAGAUCAAAAAGAAGUGCUCCUCAAAUAACAAAAUCUACAAGCUUAGACCGGAGUUCCGGCUGCCUCAGGGUGGGCUCUCCAUCAACACAGUCCUCAGACAGCAGUGCUGCCACAAGGACACAUGGCAAUGAACCACCACAAACCAAAGAUGACCAAAAACAAGACCCUCAGCAUCAAGAAUGGUUUACUAAGUAUUUUUCAUUUUAAAGCAAACUAUUUCCAUACUUCUCAGAAUUACUAUAAAAGUCAUUCCUGUUUUCUUUUUAGGGAUGAUAAUCCAAUAGAUGAUUUAACAGAAGAAAAAAAAAA